ACAUCAGGAUCCCCAUCAGAGUUCCCCCUUACAUCAGGAUCCCCAUCAGAGUAUCCCCUUACAUCAGGUGUCCCCUCCCCAUCAGAGUGUCCCCUUACAUCAGGAUCCCCAUCAGAGUUCCCCCUUACAUCAGGACCCCAUCAGAGUGCCCUCCUUACAUUAGGUGUCCUCAUCAGAGUACCCCACUUACAUCAGGAUCCCCAUAAGAGUGCCCCCUUACAUCAGGAUCCCCAUCAGAGUGCCCCCUUACAUCAGGAUCCCCAUCAGAGUUUCCCCUUACAUCAGGAUCCCCAUAAGAGUGCCCUCUUACAUCAGGUGUCCUCAUCAGAGUACCCCCUUACAUCAGGAUCCCCAUCAGAGUGCCCCCUUACAUCAGGAUCCCCAUCAGAGUGCCCCCUUACAUCAGGAUCCCCAUCAGAGUGCCCCCUUACAUCAGGAUCCAAAUCAGAGUGCCCCCUUACAUUA